GUUACCAAAUGAACCUAUCAAGGAUUAACAAUAAUGUUUAUAAUAAUUUUUAAAACUCAAUAAGUUAUAUGAAUUGUGUUUAAUUGUAUGUUAGUAUAUUAUUUUUAAAUCAGAAAUAGUCAAGAUGAUUAGCUUUUAUUUUGUUACAAUAUUUAUUUUAUAUUUUAUAGUUAAUACUGUGAAUAGUAUUGAUGUGAACACAAGUAUAGGAGUAGUGAGGGGUCGGACACUACAUGUGUUGAACACAAAUGUGGAUCAGUUUGUGGGCAUUCCAUACGCCGAACCCCCGGUCGGCAAACUUAGGUUCGCAAAACCCGAACCCAUUAUAAAGCCAUUCCCCGAUAUAAUUGAUGCGACAAAACCCAAGCACUUAUGUAUACAGGGGUCGUCUGGACUACCUUUCCUUCCGGACACAGUUCAAAGUGAGGACUGUCUGGUGCUUAACAUAUGGACAAAAAAUACCACAGCAUUAAAGCCAGUGAUGUUUUGGAUACACGGAGGGAGUCUUAAUGUGGGCUCAAUAUUUAACGAGUGGUUUAAUGGCAGUGUUUUGGCCACCAAUGAUGUGGUAGUUGUCUCAACAAACUAUAGGUUAGGACCGUUGGGGGAUCGGGAGGACGCGCCCGGAAAUGUCGGACUCUAUGACCAGUUAUUGGCUCUCAAAUGGGUUAGAGAAAACAUCCACUCUUUGCAGACAUUGUAUCCAAUCCUCGGUUUCAUUGCAUUU